UUUUUUCCCGGAAACAGGAAGCUUCUGGAAGGCGAGGAAUGCCGCAUGGGCGCCGGCACGGCCACCUUCCCUUUCGCGGACAGUUUUCCGAAGGGCCCUGGCGUCCUGACUCAGAUCAAGUUCAAAAGCGAAGAGAAGGUCAAAAUGGUGGAGAAGUUGGAGAAGGAGACGGUCAUCGUGGAAGAACAGACCGAGGAAAUCCAGGUGACGGAGGAAGUAACGGAGGAAGAGGAAGAAGUUGAGACCGAAGGAGGAGAAGAUGAUGGAGAAGCACCGACGGAGGAUGCCAAGAUGUCUGAAACGGCGCCAAUGCCUCCGGAGAAGACGCAAUCCCUGGCGAAGGACGAAGCCAAGUCGCCCGAAACGGCGCCAACGCUGCCGGAAAAGACCAAGUCGCCGGAAAAAACAAAAUCGCCGGUGAAGGAUGAAGCCCAGUCUCCGGACGCUAAAUCUCCAGCGAAGGCAGCUUCUCCUGCCAAAGUGAAGUCGCUGAACAAAGAGGACACCAAGAUGGCCGCCAACAGCAAUCCGGUGGCGGCGAAAUCUCCGGAAAAGGCGAAGACGCCACCGAAAGCGAAAUCGCCAGAGAAGGAAACAGCUCCCCGGAAGGAAGUGGAAAAACCGCGUCCGAAGGAGACGAAGGAUGAGAAGAAGGAGAAAAUGCCUACGGAGGAGAAGAAAGACGGUAAGAAGGAAGAAGCGCCUCAGAAGGAGGAAGAGAAGAAGGAGAAAGUGGCUACAAAACAAGUGAAGGAGGAGAAGAAAGAAGAAAAGAAGGAGGAGAAGAAAGAGAGUAAGAAGGAAGAAGCACCUCAGAAGGAGGAAGAGAAGAAGGAGAAAGUGCCUACAGAAGAGAAGAAAGAUGGCAAGAAGGAAGAAGCACCUCAGAAGGAGACCAAGGGAUCUGUGAAGGAAGAGAAGAAGGAGAAAGUGCCAACGGAGGAGAAGAAAGAGAGUAAGAAGGAAGAAGCACCUCAGAAGGAGGAAGAGAAGAAGGAGAAAGUGCCUACAGAAGAGAAGAAAGAUGGCAAGAAGGAAGAAGCACCUCAGAAGGAGACCAAGGGAUCUGUGAAGGAAGAGAAGAAGGAGAAAGUGCAGACGGAGGAGAGGAAAGACAGUAAGAAGGAAGAAACACCUCAGAGGGAGAGUAAGGAAGCAGUGAAGGAAGGAAAGAAGGAGAAACCACCAACGGAGGAGAAGAAAGAGAGUAAGAAGGAAGAAGCACCUCGGAAGGAAAGUAAGGAAGCUGCAAAGGAAGAAAAGAAGGAGAAAGAGGAAACGGAGGAAAAGAAAGAGAGUAAGAAGGAAGAAGCACCUCGGAAGGAGACCAAGGAAACGGUGAAGGAAGAAAAGAAGGAGAAGAUGGAACACAACCAUAAGAAAGCUUCCAAGCCAGAACCGAAAUCCCCGGAAGAGAAGAACGGCGCCAAAAUAGCGCCAAAACCCGAGAAGGACGAGAAGAAAGACGACGCCAAGAAACCUAAAUCCGAAGCCAAACCCAAAGACGACGCCAAGAACGCUGCUGCUGCUGCGGCAAAGGUGCCAAAACCCAAGGCGGGAAAAGUGGAGAAAUCCUCCGGGACGGACGCCAAAGCGCAUGAAAAAGCGCCCGCGACCGAAAAGGCGAAAAAGAGUGAGAAAUGACGCCGGGAAAGUUAGACCCGUCCUCAAAAUGGAGGCCGUUCCCUUCGACCUUAAAAAAGACAUUCGUUUUUGCACCAAUGCACUCCUGUUAGCAAUACGUAAAAUCGGGGGCAGAAAAGCAACGAAACCAAGCCCGUCACGGUCAGCGCGGGUUCGGUUACGUUGCGAUCGUCACAUCCCGUAGCCACAUAUAACGAUAAUAAUAAUAAUAAGCACUUAAAUUUAUUACGUAGGGGGUAGUAGGGGCGACCUGCGCUGAAACCGCGACAGCGCAAUAAGCGCGUUGGUUGGGCGCCGUAAAUGAAUGUACACUGUUAGUAGCGCUAAAAAUUACACUUUUUUCGGGGUCGGGGUUUAUGGUUUAGGAAGGCUAGGAAAUCCCCAAAAUGGUCCGAAAUGCCUUGCGUUCGUUUUUUCGUGUAUGCCGUCGACGCGGACCUUUGUCCACAGCUGGUCUUGGGAUGAAGGUCAUAGACAUGGAACCAAUCAGAAACGCAUUUCGAAAUCUCGCAGACCUGCUUCGGGUUUUCCCUCUGCGUCAUGUUUUCGAAGUGUCCUCAGGGAACGUAAAUUUGGGGUGAAGGGGUUUGCGAUUUCCGUCCCCAUCGCCUUCCCACGUGAUCAAUGGCUCCCGGGAUUUUCACGCCACUUGCAUCACGUGGAAACAUGGCCGCCCAUGACCGCGCAUAUGACACACAACCACGAAUACGAAGUGCACUAUGUCGAAACUGUUUGCCUCCAAUGGCUUCUGUGCAAUAAAAGCAAAUUUAAAAACCAA